UAUAUUUUUUUCCUGACCCUAACGUUACUUUUUUUUUGUUUUUUUUCCCCACCUGGCGCAAGGGUUUCUAUUACACACCGUCGGAAGCUUUGGUUCAUAGUCAAGUGACAGUGGAAGGGUUGAUCUAGGGCUUUGGGGAUUCAUAGUUGGGGCAUUCAUAGUCAGAUAACAAUGGGGAGGAGGAUAUUGAACGAAGCGUUGAGCACGAUCGUUAAUGCAGAGAAAAGAGGCUUUGCCACAACUCAACUUCAACCCAUCUCCAAUGUCAUGGCCUCCUUCCUCACAAUCAUGAAACAUCGCGGGUAUAUUAAAGAUUUCCAAGUACAUGAUCCUCAGAGAGUUGGAAAGAUAACUGUGGAACUGCAAGGCAGGAUCAAUGGUUGCCGGGCUCUCAUGUAUAGACAGGACAUCAAGGCCCAAGAUAUUGAGAAGUAUAGAUUUCAUAAACUUCCAACACAUCAGUGGGGAUACAUCGUGAUUACUACACCAAACGGAGUUUUGGAUCAUGAAGAGGCAAUCCGACAAAAUGUAGGCGGUCAGGUUCUGGGGUAUUUCUAUUGAAUGUUAAUCGGACCACUAUGGGAAGUGGAGGAGACAUAAUUUUGUUUUGCCUGAUUUCUGUUUUAUACAUCCAUGGUGUUCCUUUCCAGCAGGGACACAUUUUAUCAUAAGACUUGAACGGCUCUUGCUAUAGCGCUCCUCAAUACAAGUUCUAAUGACUGUUAAUCAGA